UCGUGCACGUCUAUAAGAAAGGUGAGUCUCGUGUGUGGGUGGUUUGGACUAAUUAUCAAUCACUGUCACUCACUCACUCACUCUCUCAAUACUACGAGUCAGACGAUUUGCACGUGACCCGUUUCAUUUCAUUGAAUGGAAAACACACACUCACACACACUGGCUAUGCCUCCCAUUGUUGAGGGUAAGAAUAAAUGGGCCACUCUAUCCCUUGCUUACAAGUCAGUAGGGGUUGUGUUUGGAGGGCUUGUGACUUCACCGCUUUAUGUGUACCCUUCAAUGGCAUUAAAAUCUCCAACUGAAGAAGACUACUUGGGAAUCUACUGCAUCAUGUUCUGGACUCUUAGUUUAAUUGGUGUUGUCAAGUAUGCUUGUAUAGCUUUGAAAGCUGAUGAUCAGGGUGAAGGUGGUACAUUUGCUCUAUAUUCAUUACUUUGCAGGCAUAUGAACAUUGGAGCCAUUACUUCAACUGGUGUCAGUUCACCAUCAAGCCGUUCACAUAAUAAUAGCUUGCAUCAAAGCUUUAAAAAGCCAAGUAGACUUGGGAUGUUUAUUGAGAGGAGUCUGAUUGCUAGGAGGAUUUUGUUUUUCAUAGCAAUACUCGGCAUGUGUAUGUUAAUUGGGGACGGAAUACUCACCCCUGCUAUCUCAGUGUUGUCAGCAAUGGAGGGCAUCAGGGUUCCUUUUCCAAAGUUCAGCAAAUCUCUGGUAGAAGCCCUCUCUGCAGCAGUUCUUAUUGUUUUGUUUUUGCUACAAAAGUAUGGUACUGCACGAGUAAGCUUUCUGUUCUCCCCCAUCAUGGGUGCAUGGACGUUGACGACUCCCCUUAUUGGUAUUUACAAUAUCACAUGUCAUUACCCUACAAUUUUCAAGGCAAUAUCACCCCAUUACAUAUUCCAGUUCUUCUCGAGGAAUGGCCAUGAGGGAUGGUUGUUGCUCAAUGGUAUGGUCCUGUGCAUAACAGGUGCUGAAGCAUUGUUUGCUGACCUUGGUCAUUUUGACAGGCCAUCUAUUCAGAUCGCCUUUUUAUCCUUUAUGUAUCCAUCACUGGUCCUUACAUAUGCGGGACAAACAGCUUACUUGAUCCAGCACCCAGAUGAUCAUAGUGAUGGGUUUUAUAAGUUCAUACCCAAAACGAUAUAUUGGCCUAUGUUCGUUAUAUCCUCAUUGGCUGCGACCGUCGCCAGUCAGGCUCUGAUAUCUGCCACCUUUUCUGUUAUCAAGCAAUCUGUUGUAUUGGAUUAUUUUCCUCGGAUCAAGAUUGUGCAUACAUCAUCCAGCAAUGAGGGCCAGGUUUACUCCCCAGAAACAAAUUAUACCCUUAUGGUUCUCUGUGUUGCUGUCAUACUAAUUUUCGGAGAUGGAAAAGAAAUUGGAAACGCCUUUGGUCUUGUUAUCAUCCUGGUCAUGCUCAUUACUACCAUAUUACUAACAUUGGUGAUGAUCGUGAUUUGGAGAAUUCCCACAAUACUUACCGUUCUUUUCUCUUUUGUCUUUUUAACAAUGGAAGGUCUCUACAUGAGUUCCGUCUUCACCAAAAUCAGAGAAGGUGGAUGGAUUCCAUUUGCCAUCUCCUUAAUCCUUUCUUUUAUUAUGUUUGGUUGGUUCUAUGGGAGACAAAGAAAAAUGGAAUAUGAAUUAACCCACAAAAUAGACAUGGACCGCCUUAAACUUCUUCUUUCUGACCCUUAUGUCCAAAGAGUUCCUGGACUCUGCUUCUUUUACAGCAACAUUCAAGACGGGUUCACCCCAGUUUUAGGCCAUUAUAUUAAAAACAUGAGAUCCAUUCAUAAGGUAACCAUAUUUACAACACUCCGGUAUUUGUUGGUUCCGAAAGUGGCACCAAAUGAGCGAUUUGUUGUCAAAAGAUUAGGACUUAAAGGUGUAUACGGGUGCUUGAUUCAGUACGGGUAUGCAGACUCGCUUAAUCUUCAUGGAGACUUUGUUUCUCAAAUAAUUUCUAGCUUGAAAGAUCAUAUAAUGAAUUAUUCUACUGAGAAUCCGACUGCAGUUCCUUUGGAGGAGCAAGAAAUGAUCGAUCUUAAUGAAGCACAAGAUGCUGCUGUGGUUCAUGUUCGUGGGAAGACAAGGUUUUAUACAAGUAAGGAGUGUACAUGGUUUGAUCGGUUCAUGCUUGCAUUUUAUGAAUUCAUGCAUAGUAAUUGUCGGUCUGGGCUUCCUACUUUAGGAGUGCCUAUUCCCCAGCGCAUAGAGGUUGGUAUGCUAUAUGAGGCCUAAAGGAAAUCUGGUGUCAAGUUACCUUACUAAUGAACAUAGUUUGUUGUAAGUUGUAACAAACAAGAUCUUUAAUUGUGAAAAUACAAUGGCUCUAAGUUUUGGGCUUAUAAAUCUUUCAGAUGUUAUGACAAAAUAUAUUGAACUUGCUCUCUCA